GGACCACCACGAACCCCCCCCCCCCCCCCCAACGCGGGACCCCGCGACCCCCACGAGUGACGUCGGGUGACCCCACGCGGGAUUCGAACCCACGGAGCGAUGGCGGAGGGGGACGGGGAGGACGAUGUGCAGUUCCUGAGGACGGACGAUGAGGUGGUGCUGCAGUGCACCACAACGCUGCUGAAGGAGCAGCUGAAGCUCUGCCUGGCGGCCGAAGGCUUCGGGAACCGCCUCUGCUUCCUGGAGCCCACAUCCAACGCGCAGAAUGUGCCCCCCGAUUUGGCCGUGUGCUGCUUCGUUUUGGAGCAGUCGCUGUCGGUCCGAGCGCUGCAGGAGAUGUUGGCCAACUGCGCAGAGAGCGGCGGAGAGGUCGGGGGUCAAAGGGCGCGGGGUCGGGGGUCAAAGGGCACGGGGGCAGAGCGGGCACUGCGCCCCAUAGCGUCGCUGAUCCGGGGGAACCGCACCAACUGCGCGCUGUUCUCCACCAACCUCGACUGGUUGGUCAGCAAAUUGGACCGCCUGGAGGCCUCGUCAGGGAUCCUGGAGGUGCUGUACUGCGUUCUGAUUGAGAGCCCCGAAGUGCUGAACAUCAUCCAGGAGAACCACAUCAAAUCCAUCAUCUCCCUGCUGGACAAACACGGCCGCAACCAUAAGGUCCUGGACGUUCUCUGCUCUCUGUGCGUCUGCAACGCUGUGGCCGUCCGCUCCAACCAAAACCUCAUCACGGAGAAUCUCCUCCCGCGGCGCGACCUUCUGCUGCAGACCGGGCUGGUCAGCUACGUCAGCAGCAUCCGCCCCAACAUCUUCCUGGGGACCCACGAGGGCUCCACGCAAUACCCGCGUUGGUACUUCGAGGUGGCGGUGGACCACGUGGAGCCCUUCGUGACGGCGCAGCCCACCCACCUCCGCGUGGGGUGGGCGAUGGCGGAGGGUUACAGCCCCUACCCGGGGGGGGGAGAGGGCUGGGGGGGCAACGGAGCCGGAGACGACCUCUAUUCCUUUGCCUUCGAUGGGCUGCACCUCUGGGCGGGUGGGGUUCCCCGCUCCGCCCCCUCCCCCCAGCAGCACAUUUUGGCCGCGGGGGACGUGGUGAGCUGCUGCCUGGACCUCUCCGUGCCCACCAUCUCCUUCCGCCUCAACGGGAGCCCCGUGCUCGGAAUGUUCGAGAACUUCAACCGCGACGCCCUUUUCUUCCCCGUCGUCAGCUUCUCUGCCGGAGUGCGGCUGCGCUUCCUGCUGGGGGGCCGCCAUGGGGACUUCCAGUUCCUGCCCCCCCCCGGUUACUCCCCCUGCGCUGAGGCGCUGCUGCCCCGCGAGCGGCUGCGUCUGGAGCCCAUCAAAGCUUAUAGGGGCGACGGCCCCCCGCCCCACUGCCUCCUCGGCCCCACAAAGGCGCUGCCCCACACCGCCUUCACCCCCUGCCCCGUGGACACCGCGCAGAUCGUUCUGCCCCCCCACCUGGAGCGCAUCCGCGAGAAGCUGGCGGAGAACAUCCAUGAGCUGUGGGCGCUGACCCGCAUCGAGCAGGGAUGGACCUACGGCCCCAUCCGGGACGAUGCGGAGCAGCUCCAUCCCUGCCUGCUGGAUUUCCACAGCCUCCCCGAACCGGAGCGCAACUACAACCUGCAGAUGUCGGGGGAGACGCUCAAGACGCUGCUGGCGCUGGGCUGCCAUGUGGGGAUGGCGGAUGAGAAGGCGGAGGAGAACCUCAAGAAGAUCAAACUGCCCAAAAGCUACAUGAUGUGCAAUGGUUACAAACCGGCCCCCCUGGACCUGGCCCACGUCCGACUGACGCCGGCGCAGCUGACGUUGGUGGACCGCCUGGCAGAGAACGCCCACAACGUUUGGGCGCGCGACCGCGUGCAGCAGGGCUGGACCUACAGCAUCGUGCAGGACAUAAAGAACAAACGCAACCCGCGCCUGGUGCCCUACAGCCUGCUGGACGAGCGCACCAAGAAGACCAACCGGGACAGUCUGUGUGAGGCGGUGCGGACCCUCAUCGGCUACGGGUACAACAUUGAGCCCCCCGACCAGGAGAGCCCGGCUCAGGGGACGCCCCACGGCCCCGAUAAGAUGCGCAUCUUCCGUGCGGAGCGGAGCUACGCGGUGCGGACGGGGAAAUGGUACUUCGAGUUCGAGGCGGUGACCACGGGGGAGAUGCGUGUGGGGUGGGCCCGGCCCCACAUCCGCCCCGACGUCGAGCUGGGAGCCGACGACCUGGCCUACGUCUUCAACGGCCACCGGGCGCAGCGCUGGCACGUGGGCGGGGAGGCGUUCGGGCGCAGCUGGCAGGCGGGGGACGUGGUGGGCUGCAUGAUUGACCUCAACGAGAGCCACAUCAGCUUCACCCUCAACGGGGAGACCCUCAUCAGCGACGGCGGCUCUGAGGUGGCCUUCAGGGACUUCGAAGUGGGAGAGGGCUUUGUCCCGGUGUGCAGCCUGGCUCUGGACCAGGCGGGGCGGCUGAACCUGGGCCAGGACGUGGGCAGCCUCCGCUUCUUCACCAUCUGCGGCCUCCAGGAGGGCUUCGAGCCCUUCGCCAUCAACAUGAAGCGCCCCAUAGCGCUGUGGGUCAGCAAAAGCCUCCCGCAGUUCGGCCCCAUCGACCCCCAGGACCCCGAGUUGGAGGUCACUCGGACGGACGGCACGGUGGACGCCCCCCCCUGCCUGCGCCUCUCCCGCCGUACGUCGGGAUCCCCCCCCGCGCCCCCCCAGCUGCUCUUCCUCCGCCUCAGCCUCCCCGUUCAGUUCCAGCCGCACUUCCGGUGCCCCCCCGGAACGACCCCCCUCCCUCAGACCCCCCCGGAACCCCCCGACGACGACGACGGCGGUCUCGAACCGCUCUCGGAAUUCGAACGGCUGCGGCGCUCCGCGGGGGUCCGCAAUGCCGAUGGGGAGGGGGGGGCGGGGGGAGGCGGAGAGGGCGAAAAGAGCCCCGGGGGGACCCCCGGCAACGCCCCCCCCCCACCCCGAGAGACCCCCCGGGGGGAGAACGAGAAGGACGCGACCACCGAGAAGGGCAAAACCAGGAGGGGGUUCCUCUUCAAGGCCCGGAAAGCCGCCUUCGCGCCCCCCCCGGCGCUGCCCGCCGUGCCGCGGUUGGAGGAGGACGUGGUGCCCGACGAGCGCGACGACCCCGACGUCAUCAUGAACAGCACCACGUUCUACUUCUCGGUGCGGAUCUUUGCCGGCCAGGACCCCUCCCACGUGUGGGUGGGGUGGGUGACCCCCGACUUCCAUCAGUACGACCCCAACUUCGACCUCUCGCGCGUCCGCACCGUCACCGUCACCAUGGGGGACGACCGCGGCAACGUGCACGACAGCAUCAAACGCAGUAACUGCUACAUGGUGUGGGGCGGGGAGUUCGGCGCCGGCGCCCCACAGACGCGCAGCCACAGCGACGCGGUGAUCGGCUGCCUGGUGGAUGUGGCCACGGGGCUGAUGACCUUCACCGCCAACGGCAAAGAGAUCAACACCUUCUUCCAGGUGGAACCCAACACCAAACUGUUCCCCGCUGUGUUUGUGCUGCCCAGCAGUCCCAAUGUGGUGCAGUUCGAGUUGGGCAAACUGAAGAACAUUCUGCCCAUCUCCGCCGCGCUGUUCAGCAGCGAACGGAGCAACGCGGAGCCGCAGUGCCCGCCCCGCCUCUGCAUCCAACGCCUCACCGCCGUCACGUGGAGCCGAAUGGCCGCCGAGGCGCUGCCGGUGCAGACGGGCCGCGCCGCGGACGGGAUGGGAUGGGCCGUGCGGUGCUCCGAACCGCGGCUGAUGAUGGCGCUGCACAUCCCCGAGGAGAACAGAUGCAUGGACAUCAUGGAGCUGUCGGAGCGUCGGGAGCUGCUGCGCUUCCAUUGGCACACCCUGAAGCUGUACUGCGCGGUGUGCGCGUUGGGCAACACGCGGGUGGCGCACGCGCUCUGCAGCCACGUGGAUCCGUCGCAGCUCCUCUUCGCCAUCGAGAGCCCGGAGCUGCCCGGCCCCCUCCGCGCCGGUUACUACGAGCUGCUGCUGGCCGUGCACCUGGAGCAGGGCGUCCGCGCCCGCGCCUCCAUGAGCGCCGAGUUCAUCGUCCCCAUGGACGAGGCGUCCCGGAGCGUGGCCCUCUUCCCCGGCCCCGGCAGGGUGCCCGGCCCGCCCGGCGUGGGGCUCCGCGCCUGCCUGCGCCCCCGGCCGCACUUCGCCGAGCCGUGCUUCGUGCGGCCCCCCGACGGCCGGGCGCUGCUGGGGCCGGCCAUCCCGCUGCGGGCGCUGGGCCGGAGGGCCAUCCGCAUGCUGAGGGAGGCGGUGGAAGGGGGGGGGCCGCACGCCCGGGACCCCGUGGGGGGCAGCGUGGAGUUCCAGCUGGUGCCCGUGCUCAAGUUGGUGUCGGCGCUGUUGGCCGUCGGGGCGCUGCGGGACCGCGAGGUGCGCAAAGUGCUGCGGAUGAUCGAACCCAGAGUGUUCGGGGGGGGGGACGGACCGCGGGAGGAGGAGAGGAGGAGGAGGAGGAGGAGGAGGAGGAGGAGGAGGAAGGCGGUGGAGGCGGGGGAGGAGGACGGGGACGACGAGGAGGAGGCGGAGGACGCGGAGGACGGCGGCGAGGAGGAGGAGGAGGAGGAGGAGGAUGAGGAUGAAGACGAGGAGGAGGAGGCGGAGGAGGCGGAGGAGGAGGAGGAGGACGGCCCCGAGGAGGGGCUGCUGCAGAUGAAGCUCCCGGAGUCCGUCAAACUGCAGAUGUGCAACCUGCUGCAGUUCUUCUGCGACCAGGAGCUGCAGCACCGCGUCGAGGCCAUCGUGGCGUUCUCGGAGCGCCACGUGGAGCGGCUGCAGCGCGAUCAGCGCCGGCGCUACGGGCGGCUGAUGGGGGCGCUCACGAUGUCGGCCGCGGAGACCGCCCGGCGCACGAGGGAGUUCCGAUCGCCCCCCCAGGAACAGAUCAAUAUGCUGCUGCAGUACAAAGGGGGGGCGGACGAGGAGGAGUGCCCCGUGCCACAGCACAUCCGCGACCAACUGCUGCAGUUCCACAGCGACCUCCUGGCGCACUGCGGCAUAGAGCUGCAGGGUGAGGAGGAGGAGGAGGAGGAAGACGCGUCGCUGCGGCAGCGGCUGCUGGCAUUGGUGCAGCGCGUGGUGGGGAGGAGGCAGAAGGAGGAGGACGAGGAGGAGGCGGCGCCCCCGGAGCCCCCCGUGCCGCGCACGCUGCAGGAGCUGAUCUCUCAGACGAUGGUUCACUGGGCUCAGGAGUCGUUCAUCCAGAGCCCCGAGUUGGUGCGCUCCAUGUUCAGCCUCCUGCACCGGCAGUACGACGGCCUGGGGGAGUUGGUGCGGGCGCUGCCCAAAGCGUACACCAUCAGCGCCCACUCCGUGGCCGACACCACGGCGCUGCUCGAGUGCCUGGGGCAGAUCCGCUCCCUGCUCAUCGUGCAGAUGGGCCCCGAGGAGGAGAACCUCAUGAUACAGAGCAUCGGGAACAUCAUGAACAACAAAGUCUUCUACCAACACCCCAACCUGAUGCGGGCGCUGGGGAUGCACGAGACGGUCAUGCAGGUGAUGGUGAGCGUGUUGGGCGGCGGCGAGACCAAGGAGAUCCGCUUCCCCAAAAUGGUCACCAACUGCUGCCGCUUCCUCUGCUACUUCUGCCGCAUCAGCCGCCAGAAUCAGCGCUCCAUGUUCGACCACCUGGGCUACCUGCUGGAGAACAGCAGCAUCGGCCUGGGGAUGCGUGGGUCGACCCCAUUGGACGUGGCGGCCGCUUCCGUCAUUGACAACAAUGAGUUGGCGCUGGCACUGAAGGAGCAGGACCUGGAGAAGGUGGUGACGUACCUGGCGAGCUGCGGGCUGCAGAGCUGCCCCAUGCUGCUCUCCAAGGGGUACCCCGACAUCGGGUGGAACCCCUGCGGGGGGGAGCGCUACCUCGACUUCCUGCGCUUCGCCGUCUUCGUCAACGGUGAGAGCGUGGAGGAGAACGCCAACGUGGUGGUGCGGCUGCUGAUCCGACGCCCCGAAUGCUUCGGGCCGGCGCUGCGGGGGGAGGGGGGCAGUGGGCUGUUGGCCGCCAUCGAAGACGCCAUCAAGAUCAGCGAGGACCCGGCCCGCGACGGCCCCACCGUCAAGAAGGAGCGGCGGCGGGAGCUCUUUGGGGCAGAGGAGACCCACGAGGAGAACCGCGUCCAUCUGGGGAACGCCAUCAUGUCCUUCUACGCCGCCCUCAUCGACCUGCUGGGCCGCUGCGCCCCCGAAAUGCACCUGAUCCAGGCGGGGAAGGGCGAAGCGCUGCGGAUCCGCGCCAUCCUGCGCUCCCUGGUGCCGCUGGACGACCUGGUGGGGGUCAUCAGCCUUCCCCUGCAGAUCCCGGCCUUCGGGAAAGACGGGAACGUGGUGCAGCCCCGCAUGGCCGCCAGUUUCGUGCCGGACCACAAAGCCCCCAUGGUGCUGUUCCUGGACCGCGUUUAUGGGAUCGAAACGCAGCAGUUCCUCCUCCACGUGUUGGAGGUCGGCUUCCUGCCCGACAUGCGCGCCGCCGCCUCCCUCGACACGGCCGCCUUCAGCACGACGGAGAUGGCGCUGGCGCUGAACCGCUAUCUGUGCGUGGCGGUGCUGCCGCUCAUCACCAAAUGCGCGCCGCUGUUUGCGGGCACGGAGCACCGCGCCAUCAUGGUGGACUCCAUGCUGCACACCAUCUACCGGCUGUCGCGCGGCCGCGCGCUCACGAAGGCGCAGCGCGACGCCAUCGAGGAGUGCCUCAUGGCGCUCUGCCGGUACAUCCGGCCCUCCAUGCUGCAGCACCUCCUGCGCCGUCUCGUCUUCGAUGUCCCCAUCCUAAACGAGUUCGCCAAAAUGCCUCUCAAGCUGCUGACCAACCACUACGAGCGGUGCUGGAAGUAUUACUGCCUGCCCAGCGGGUGGCCCAACUAUGGGGUCAGCUCCGAGGAGGAACUGCACCUCACCCGAAAGCUCUUCUGGGGCAUCUUCGAGUCCCUGGCGCACAAGAAGUUCGACCCCGAGCUGUACAAGCUGGCCAUGCCGUGCCUCUGCGCCAUCGCGGGCGCUCUGCCCCCCGACUACGUGGACGCCAGCUACUCCUCCAAGACCGAGAAGAAGGCGUCGGUGGACGCCGAGGGCAACUUCGACCCCAAACCUGUCGAGACCCUCAAUGUCAUCAUCCCCGAAAAGUUGGAUGGGUUCAUCAACAAAUACGCGGAGUUCACUCACGAGAAGUGGGCGUUCGAUAAGAUCCAGAACAAUUGGACCUAUGGGGAGACAGUGGAUGAGGAGGCCAAAACCCACCCCAUGCUGCGGCCCUACAAGACCUUCUCCGAGAAGGACAAGGAGAUUUACCGCUGGCCCAUUAAGGAGUCUCUGAAGGCGAUGCUGGCGUGGGAGUGGAUGGUGGAGAAGGCGCGGGAGGGCGACGAGGAGAAGGCAGAGAAGAAGAAAACCCGAAAGAUCUCCCAGUCAGCCCAGGCCACCUACGACCCCAGCCACGGCUACAACCCCCAGCCUGUGGACCUCUCAGGGGUGACGCUGUCCCGAGAGCUGCAGGCGAUGGCAGAGCAGCUGGCUGAGAACUACCACAACACGUGGGGCCGCAAGAAGAAGCAGGAGCUGGAGGCCAAGGGGGGGGGCUCUCACCCCCUGCUGGUGCCCUACGACACACUGACGGCCAAGGAGAAGGCGCGCGACCGCGAGAAGGCGCAGGAGCUGCUCAAAUUCCUACAGCUGAACGGAUACGCCGUCACACGGGGGCUGAAGGACAUGGAGUUGGACACGUCCUCUAUCGAGAAGCGCUUCGCCUAUGGGUUCCUCCAGCAGCUGCUGCGGUGGAUGGACAUCUCCCAGGAGUUCAUCGCCCACCUGGAGGCCGUGGUGAGCAGCGGCCGCGUGGAGAAGUCGCCCCACGAACAGGAGAUCAAAUUCUUUGCUAAGAUCCUUCUGCCCCUCAUCAACCAAUACUUCCACAACCACUGCCUCUACUUCCUCUCCACCCCCGCCAAAGUGCUGGGCAGCGGCGGCCACGCGUCCAACAAGGAGAAGGAGAUGAUCACCAGCCUGUUCUGCAAGCUGGCCGCGCUCGUCCGCCACCGCGUCACUCUCUUUGGCACCGACGCGCCGGCCGUCGUCAACUGCCUCCACAUCCUGGCGCGGUCGCUGGACGCCAGGACGGUGAUGAAGUCCGGCCCCGAGAUCGUGAAGGCCGGGCUGCGCUCCUUCUUCGAGAGCGCUUCGGAGGACAUCGAGAAGAUGGUGGAGAACCUGAAGCUGGGGAAGGUGACGCAGAGCCGCACGCAGGUGAAGGGGGUGGCGCAGAACAUCAACUACACCACGGUGGCUCUGCUGCCCGUCCUCACAUCGCUCUUCGAGCACAUCGCCCAGCACCAGUUCGGGGACGACGUCAUCCUGGACGACGUCCAGGUCUCGUGUUACCGCAUCCUGUGCAGCAUUUACUCUCUGGGCACCACGCGGAACCCCUACGUGGAGAGGCAGCGCCCGGCGCUGGGGGAGUGCCUGGCCCGGCUGGCGGCCGCCAUGCCCGUGGCCUUCCUGGAGCCGCGGCUCAAUGAGUUCAACCCCUGCUCCGUCUACAGCACCAAAUCGCCCCGCGAGCGCGCCAUCCUGGGGCUGCCGAGCCACGUGGAGGAGAUGUGCCCCGACAUCCCGGACCUGGAGCGCCUGAUGAAGGACAUCGGGGGGUUGGCGGAGUCGGGCGCGCGCUACACGGAGAUGCCCCACGUCAUCGAGGUGACGCUGCCCAUGCUGUGCAAUUACCUGCCCCGCUGGUGGGAGCGCGGCCCCGACAGCGCCCCCCAGGGGCCGUGGGCCACCGCCGUCACCGGGCAGCACCUCAACGCCCUGCUGGGCAACAUCCUGCGCAUCGUGGUCAACAACCUGGGCAUCGACGAGGCGUCGUGGAUGAAGCGCCUGGCAGUGUUCGCGCAGCCCAUCGUCAGCAAGGCGAAGCCGGAGCUGCUGCGCACCCACUUCAUCCCCACCAUGGAGAAGCUGAAGAAGCGCGCGGGGAAGGUGGUGUCGGAGGAGGAGCAGCUGCGCAUGGAGGCGAAGGCGGAGGCCGAGGACGCGGAGCUGCUGAUCCGCGAUGAGUUCUCCGUGCUCUGCCGCGACCUCUACGCGCUGUACCCGCUGCUCAUCCGCUACGUCGACAACAGCCGGGCCAAGUGGCUGACGGAGCCCAACGCGGACGCGGAGGAGCUGUUCCGGAUGGUGGGAGAGGUCUUCAUCUACUGGUCCAAAUCCCACAACUUUAAGCGCGAGGAGCAGAACUUUGUGGUGCAGAAUGAGAUCAACAAUAUGUCCUUCCUGACGGCCGACAGCAAGAGCAAGAUGGCCAAGUCCGGAGACGGCCAGGGCGGUGGCUCUGAGCAGGAGCGCACCAAGAAGAAGCGCCGCGGCGAUCGCUACUCCAUCCACACCUCCCUGAUCGUGGCCACCCUGAAGAAGAUGCUGCCCAUCGGCCUCAACAUGUGCUCACCCACCGACCAGGAGCUGAUCAGCCUGGCCAAGAGCCGCUACGCGCUGAAGGACACAGACGAAGAGGUGCGCGAGUGCCUGAACAACAACCUGCACCUGCAGGGCAAGUGUGAGAACUCCUCGUCCAUGCGCUGGCAGUUGGCUCUGUACCGCGCCAUGGCCGGCCGGGCUGAGGACUCCGACAGCCCCGAGAAGAUCGUGAGGCGCGUGCAGGAGGUGUCGGCGGUGCUGUAUCACCUGGAGCAGACGGAGCACCCCUACAAGUCCAAGAAGGCGGUGUGGCACAAACUGCUCUCCAAGCAGCGGCGCCGCGCUGUGGUCGCGUGUUUCCGUAUGACCCCACUCUACAACCUGCCCAGGCACCGCGCCUGCAAUAUGUUCCUGGAGGCGUACAAACUGCUGUGGUUGGUGACGGAGGAGCACCCCUUCGAGGACCGCAUGAUCGACGACCUGGCGAAAUCGGGGGAGGAGGAGGAGGAGGAGGAGGAGGAGAAGGACAAGAAGCCGGACCCGCUGCAUCAGCUCAUCCUGCACUUCAGCCGCACGGCGCUGACCGAGAAAAGCAAGUUGGAGAAGGAUCACCUGUACAUGGCGUAUGCGGGUAUCAUGGCCAAGAGCUGUCACAUUGAAGAAGGGGAUGAAGAGGAGAAGGAGGAGGAGAAGGAGGAGGAGGACCCGGAGGAUUCCUUUGAGGAGAAGGAGAUGGAGAAGCAGAAGCUGCUGUACCAGCAGUCGCGGCUGCACACGAGGGGAGCAGCUGAGAUGGUGCUGCAGAUGAUCAGCGCCUGCAAAGGGGAGCGGGGGGAGAUGGUGUCCUCCACGCUGAAGUUGGGGAUCUCCAUCCUCAAUGGGGGCAACGCCGACGUGCAGCAGAAGAUGUUGGAUUACCUGAAGGAGAAGCGCGAGGUCGGCUUCUUCCAGAGCGUGCAGGCGCUGAUGCAGACCUGCAGCGUCCUGGACCUGAACGCCUUCGAGCGGCAGAACAAAGCGGAGGGUUUGGGGAUGGUGACGGAGGAGGGGACGAUCAUCAGCCGUGAGAACGGGGAGAAGGUGAUGUCGGACGAUGAGUUCACGCAGGAUCUGUUCCGGCUGCUGCAGCUGCUGUGCGAGGGGCACAACAACGACUUCCAGAACUACCUCCGCACGCAGACGGGCAACACCACCACCAUCAACAUCAUCAUCUGCACCGUGGAUUACCUGCUGCGCCUGCAGGAGUCCAUCAGCGAUUUCUAUUGGUACUAUUCGGGGAAGGACGUCAUCGACGAGCAGGGAAAGCGCAACUUCUCCAAGGCCAUGGCUGUGGCCAAGCAGGUCUUCAACAGCCUCACCGAGUACAUCCAGGGUCCGUGCACGGGGAACCAGCAGAGCCUGGCUCACAGCCGCCUGUGGGACGCCGUGGUCGGAUUCCUGCACGUCUUUGCGCACAUGAUGAAGAAGUUGGCACAGGACUCCAGCCAGAUCGGGCUGCUGAAGGAGCUGCUGGACCUGCAGAAGGACAUGGUGGUGAUGCUGCUGUCCCUGCUGGAAGGCAAUGUGGUGAACGGGACGAUCGCGCGGCAGAUGGUGGACAUGCUGGUGGAGUCGUCCAGCAACGUCACCAUGAUCCUGAAGUUCUUCGACAUGUUCCUGAAGCUGCGCGACAUCGUGGCCUCCGACGCCUUCCGCGAUUACGUGACCGACCCGCGGGGGCUCAUCUCCAAAAAGGACUUCCAGAAGGCCAUGGACAGCCAGAAGCAGUACGAGCCGUCCGAGGUGCAGUUCCUCCUGUCCUGCUCGGAGGCGGACGAGAACGAGAUGAUCGACGUGGAGGCGUUCGCCGGGCGCUUCCAGGAGCCGGCGCGCGACAUCGGCUUCAACGUGGCGGUGCUGCUGACCAACCUGGCCGAGCACGUCCCCCACGACCAGCGGCUGCGCACCUUCCUGGAGCAGGCUGCCAGCAUCCUCGAGUACUUCCGCCCCUUCCUGGGCCGCAUUGAGAUCAUGGGGGCGGCGCGGCGCAUCGAGCGGCUCUACUUCGAGAUCAGCGCCGCCAACAAGGCGCAGUGGGAGAUGCCGCAGGUGAAGGAGUCGAAGCGGCAGUUCAUCUUCGACGUGGUCAACGAGGGGGGGGAGGCGGAGAAGAUGGAGCUGUUCGUCAGCUUCUGCGAGGACACCAUCUUCGAGAUGCAGAUCGCCUCGCGGCUCUCCGAGGAGGAGGGGGCGAGGGAGGGGGGGGAGGGCGACGAGGAGGAGGAGGAGGAGACCCCCGAGGCGGGGGGCGGCCCCCCGCCCGCAGAGCCGGCCUCGGCCUUCGGGGAGAUGCUGGGGGGGCUGCGGCGCGCCGUGGGGUCCCCCCAGCUGUGGAGGAGGAGGAUCAGGAGGAUGAGGAGGAAGGGGGGCAGGGAGCUGCUGUGGGACCUCGGGGCGGCCGUGUGGAGGGCGGCGGUCGGGGGGCUGACGGGGGCGUACGGGGCGGUGCGGGCGGUGGGCUGCGUGCUGUGGGUGGUGCUCUUCGGGGGGGGGUUGGUGGAGGGGGCGCAGAAGUUGGGCUUGGCGGAGCUGCUGGGGAGCAUGCCCGACCCCACGCAGGACGCCGUGGGGGGCGGAGAGGCCGGGGGGGCCCCGAGUGGGGAGGGGGCGCCGGGGGGUGAGGAGGGGCAGGAGGAGAGCCCCCCCCCCGCAGAGCGGCCGCAGAGCAGCGAGGAGGAGGAGGAGGAGGAAGGAGCGGCGGUGGUGGUCGCGGCCCCCCCGGCGGCCUUCGGGGGGCGGAAGGACGUGGGGCACUACCGCAUGGCCCCCCCCGACGCACCCGGAGGUCUGGGGGACAUCGGGGAACCCCCCGGAGCCGAACCGCCCACCCCCGAGGGGACCCCCAUCCUGCGGAGGAAGAUCGGGGAAGAUGGGAAGGAGGUGGUGGAGGAACCGCAGAAGGAGGAGGAGGCGGCGGCCGAGACCGAAAAGGCCGAUACGGAGAACGGGGAGAAGGGCGAUGGGGGCGCAGAGGGGGGUCCCGAGGUGGAGACCCCCGAAAAGCAGCAGAAGGCGCCGCCCCCCCGGGAGCGUAAGGAGCCCCCCCCGCCCGAAGGGGCCUUCGAGUUCUGGACGGAGUUGGAGGUGCAGAGGGUGAAGUUCCUGAAUUACCUCUCCCGCAACUUCUACAACCUCCGCUUCCUGGCGCUCUUCCUCGCCUUCGCCAUCAACUUCAUCCUCCUCUUCUAUAAGGUGUCGGAGCGGCCGCCGGGAAUGGAGGAGGCGGAGGUGGAGGGGUCGGGGAUGGCGGCGGUGUUGGACGGCAUCGGGGACUUCGGGGACGGCGGCGACGGCGACGGCGACGGCGGGGAGGGGGCGGAGGAGCCGAGCGUGGUCUAUUACUGCCUGGAGGAGAGCACGGGCUACAUGCAGCCCGCCCUGCGCGCCCUGGCGGUGGCGCACACCAUCGUGGCGUUCCUCUGCAUCAUCGGCUACAACUGCCUCAAGAUCCCCCUGGUGAUCUUUAAGCGGGAGAAGGAGGUGGCGCGGCGCCUGGAGUUCUCGGGGCUGUACAUCACCGAGCAGCCGCCCGACGACGACGUGAAGGGGCAGUGGGACCGCCUGGUCCUGAACGCACAGUCCUUCCCCAGCAAUUACUGGGACAAGUUCGUCAAGAGAAAGGUGUUGGAGAAAUAUGGGGACAUUUAUGGCCGUGAGCGCAUCGCGGAGCUGCUGGGGAUGGAACUCUCCAGCCUCGAGAUCGGGGCGCGGGGGGAGAGGAAGCCCCCCCCCGACAACUCCGUGCUCACCUGGAUCACCUCUAUCGAUAUCCGCUAUCAGAUCUGGAAGUUUGGGGUCAUCUUCACUGAUAACUCGUUCCUAUACCUGACGUGGUAUAUGGCCAUGUCCCUCCUGGGCCACUACAACAACUUCUUCUUCGCCGCGCACCUCCUGGACAUUGCCAUGGGGGUGAAGACGCUGCGCACCAUUCUGUCCUCCGUCACCCACAACGGGAAGCAGCUGGCCAUGACCGUGGGGCUGCUGGCCGUCGUCGUCUAUCUUUACACCGUCGUGGCCUUCAACUUCUUCCGGAAGUUCUACAAUAAGAGCGAGGAUGAGGAUGAGCCCGACAUGAAAUGCGACGACAUGAUGACGUGCUACCUGUUCCAUAUGUACGUGGGGGUCCGCGCCGGGGGGGGCAUCGGGGACGAAAUCGAGGACCCGGCGGGGGAUGAAUACGAGCUGUACCGCGUCGUCUUCGACAUCACCUUCUUCUUCUUCGUCAUCGUCAUCCUGCUGGCCAUCAUCCAAGGUCUGAUCAUCGACGCAUUCGGGGAGCUGCGGGACCAGCAGGAGCAGGUGAAGGAGGACAUGGAGACGAAGUGCUUCAUCUGCGGCAUCGGCAGUGAUUACUUCGACACGACGCCCCACGGCUUCGAGACCCACACGUUGGAGGAGCACAACCUGGCGAACUACAUGUUCUUCUUGAUGUAUCUGAUCAAUAAGGAUGAGACGGAGCACACGGGGCAGGAGUCCUACGUAUGGAAGAUGUACCAGGAGCGCUGCUGGGACUUCUUCCCCGCCGGCGACUGCUUCCGCAAGCAGUACGAGGACCAGCUGGGCUGACCCCCCCCCGCCUUUAGGACCCCCCCGGACCCCCCCCAGAUUCUCACCCCCAACCUCAAAGUGCCUUCAUACCGGGGGGGGGCCGCUCCGCCUCAAUAAACCAUUCACCCCCCCAA